UUUGUGCCUCUGACACUCUGGCAUACAAGUGCAGCCUCACUAACCGUCCCACACCUACUAUGAGGAAUAUCUAUAGUACACUGGCACGUCUUUUCGAUCCACUUGGCUUUCUCGUUCCCUUCGCCACGCGGGCCAAAAUCAUUGUCCAGCAAUUAUGGAACAAAGAGAGAGAGUGGGAUGACCCGUCACUGCCAGAUGACGCCCUCAGGGCCUGGUUAACUUGGGAGAAUGAGCUGCAGCACCUUUCAGAGAUUGUCUUGCCACGAUGCUAUUCAAGCCCCCCUCUGGAUCACCCAAGUUCCGUCAGGAGCCUCCACAUAUUCUGUGACGCAUCUGAGAAAGCUUACGGAUCAGUUGCGUAUCUUCGUACGGAGGGUUCAGGUGGUAAAGUGGAGGUGGCCUUUCUGACUGCACGUUCUAGAGUGGCCCCUAAGCGCCAGCAGUCGAUACCACGAUUAGAGCUAUGUGCGGCGUUGACUGGAGCUCAGUUGGCAAGGUUGUUGCAGCGUGAACUCACCCUGGUACUUCAUGAAGUGGUACUCUGGACAGACUCCACCACAGUUCUUACAUGGCUUCAGUCAGACUCAUGCAGGUUUAAGGUGUUUGUGGGAACCAGGGUCUCCGAGAUCCAGGAGCUGACUGAGGCCCAAGCAUGGAGGUACGUGGAUUCUGGAAAUAAUCCCGCAGAUGACAUUACGCGCGGGAAGACCCUAACGGAGCUGGGGGGGGAGAGCCGGUGGAAGCACGGCCCAGCAUUUCUGCGCAUGUCAUCUGAGUAUUGGCCUACUAAGCCAAAGGCUGAGCAGUUGGACGCCACAGAGCUUCGCAAGGCCACAUUCUGCGGCUCUAUCACCACCACCCCUCUUCCGCCCUUACUUGAUGCCAGCCAAUUCAAUGGUUUCAGGGACAUGUUAGAGGCGGUUGUGAGGUCUCGCCAUGGGGCGGCAGGUAGCAAGUCAACGCCAACUGCACAAGACUAUCGGGAUUCUGAGAGAGAUUUACUGAGGCAAGUCCAGUUAGACUGCUUCGGGGAGGACUUUCAACUCCUCUCAGAAGGAAAACCUGUCCCUUCCACCAGCCGGUUGAUUACAUUAGCCCCUGAAUAUGAUGAUCGACUGCAGCUGAUCCGGGUUGGAGGCAGAUUGCGUCGCAGUGACUUUCUGGACACAGAAACCAUUCAUCCGAUAGUUCUGGACCCAGCUCACCAGGUGACUAAACUCAUCAUACAAGAUGCUGACCGUGAUCUUCGUCAUCCAGGCUCAGAGCGACUCUUUGCAGAGCUUCGCCGACGGUACUGGAUCCUUCGGGGAAGAGAAGCUGUGAAGCGGCAUCAGCACUCCUGCCCUGAUUGUCAGAGAUGGAGAGCAAAGCCUGCAGUGCCACAAAUGGCAGACUUACCUCUUGCCCGCCUGCGGUUAAUGAAACCACCUUUCUUCUCUACAGGAACGGAUUGUUUCGGGCCCUUCAUGGUCAAAAUCGGACGGCGUAAUGAGAAGCGUUGGGGUAUAUUAUUUAAGUGCCUUACUACCCGAGCUGUCUACAUAGACGUCCUGACUAGUCUAGACCAGGAUUCCUUUCUGAUGGCCCUCCGCAGAUUCAUCUCACGCAGAGGAAAACCAGCGGAGCUUCUGUCGGACCAGGGCACAAAUUUCAGAGGGGGAGAGAGGGAAAUCCACGAGUCUUUCAAGGCACUGCACCCCACUCUACAAGCAGAACUGGCCAAACAUCAGAUUGAGUUCAGAUUCAACCCUCCAAGUGCGCCUCACUUUGGUGGUGCAUGGGAGAGGGAAAUCAAAUCUAUCAAAGCUGCCCUGUAUGCUACGAUCCAGAUGCAGACGGUGACAGAAGAAGUCCUGCGUACGGUUCUGAUCGAGAUAGAGGGCAUCCUAAACUCUAAGCCCUUGGGGUAUGUAUCCAGUGACGUUGCAGACCCUGACCCAGUAACCCCCAAUCUGCUUGUGAUGGGGCGGCCCGACCCAUCGUUGCCUCAAGUAUUGUAUCCAGAGUCCGAGCUGUUGAGCCGCCGCCGCUGGAGGCAUACGCAGGUCCUCGCUGACCAAUUCUGGAGGACAUUUAUUAGGCACUAUCUUCCUGCCUUGCAGACGCGCACCAAGUGGCAGAAAGAGGUGGCCCCACUACAAUCUGGGGCUGUUGCCAUGAUCGUUGACCCACAACUCCCGAGGGCACUUUGGCCUAUUGGCCGCAUCACUAAGGUUAUCCCAGGUGCAGAUGGGAGGAUUAGGACAGCAGAGAUUCAGGUGAACAACAGAACUUACACCCGGCCAGUUGCCCGUCUUGUUCCACUUCCUGCCAUACCUGAGACAGCACCUGAGACCAAUAGUCCUUCUCUGGGACAGCAAAUUUGACUGUGCAAAUUUGGGGGCGGCUGUAAAGAAGGACUCGUUAUUAAUGUCUUGGUAACGGGGAUCAGCCAAUCAGCGUCUUUGUUUUGGAGUCACGGAGAGGACACCCGUUUUUGCGCGAACUGAUAGGUUUCGUUUUUGAGUUAACGGUGAGAGUGGCCGGGAAGCCCAUCGUAGAUAUUUCUGAGGAGAAUAGUUAAUAAAUCAGUCAUCUGUGCUGUGAUCCGUGCAUGUGUGCGUUCAGAGACAUAACCACACACAUACUGUACAUUUUAAGAAGACAGACAAUCAUCUGUUGGCUGUCAAUAAACCCCUUCAAGAGAGUCAGAGCAUCCAGUUGCAUUCUUACCGAUGCACCACAGUGGUCACUUAUCCCAACAAGCUAUAAUUACAGUCCUAGCUAUCAAGGUCUUCGUUU